UGUAAUUCCAGGUGCUGUCCUUCCAACGUGUAACGGCACAAGGGGGGUUAUGGGAUCCAAGAAGAUGAGCUAGGGGGAAGAUGUACCGGCUGCGCCUCAUCACUGGCUGUCUUCCCAAUGCUAGGGUGGAUGCAGAUCCUUCAUGCUGGGAAUGACCAUAGGAAUAGUUUCAUUUUUCAUGCUUUAGAGGGCUUGCGUUUCGUCUUUAUACACUGUCACACCACAGAUGCACCUACUUUCAUCCCCGCCUGCUUUUUGCUGAGUUUUCUUCAGUCUCCCCUGCCCAGCCCCCACCUCGCCUCCUUUGUUCAUUGUUUCUUGCUUUCACUACGCCGGUUCUCACCCAUAAUCCUUUCGAGUUUCUAUCUCUUCCUUACUAGUGUCUCUCCCACAAGUCUCCAUUCGAUUGAUCUUUCUUCCAGUAAGUUGGAUUGUUUGCCUUGUUUACUCGCUCGGGGUCGAAUAUUUAGUUAAUUCAGAAGACAAUGAAUCUUUAAGCAAAAGCGUCGAACCAGUGGGCUCUUAUCACUGCGGGUCCCACCCUUCC